AUGGCAGUAGACGAGGCGCGAUGGGCUCAAGACAUUGCCGUAGUGGGCAUGGCAUGUCGAUUUGCCGAUGAUGCUGAUUCAUUUCCUAAGUUCUGGGACUUCAUCUGCAAAGCACGAUCUGCCUACUCAGAAAACCAGGAUAGAUGGAACCCAGAUGCUUUUCAUUAUCCAGGGAAGAAGAUAAAUACGAGUUUACCGCGUGGGGCCCACUUUUUCAAACAAGAUAUUGCUACUUUCGAUGCGAAUUUCUUCAACAUUUCCAAGGUCGAGGCAGAGUCGAUUGAUCCGCAACAGCGCAUGGCGAUGGAAACAACUUUCGAAGCUAUGGAAAACGCUGGAAUCUCUACGGAUAAGCUAUCCGGGACUUCGACGGGGGUAUGGAUGGCCAAUUUCACGAGCGACUAUCGUGAGAUGCUGUUUCGCGAUUCAGAGACGGCGCCCAUGUAUACCUUGUCAGGAGCCAGUAAUACGUCAACCUCGAACCGUAUUUCGUGGUUCUUCGACUUCAAGGGACCUAGCUUCACUCUUAAUACUGCCUGCUCAUCUAGCCUUGUCGCCACCCACUUAGCCUGUCAAAGUCUCUCUCUAGGGGAGUCUAGCACUGCAAUUAUCGGAGGAACAAGCCUUCUUCUUAAUCCAGACCUAUUUCUCUACUUAUCAAACCAGAACUUUCUUUCCCCAGAUGGCAAGUCCAAAGCAUUCGAUGCGAGCGGAGAUGGCUAUGGACGUGGAGAAGGAGUUGCUGUUAUUAUGCUCAAGCGGGUUGCAGAUGCCAUUGCGGACGGUGAUCCGAUCCGCGCGGUCAUCAGGGGAACCUCCUCAAACCAGGACGGACGGACAAAAGGCAUGACAUUGCCUAGCGCAGACGCUCAGGAGCAGCUGAUCCAGACUGCUUAUCGCAAUGCGGGCUUGUCGAUGGCGGAAACCCGGUAUGUAGAAGCACAUGGCACAGGAACGCAGGCUGGAGAUAAGACCGAGACUGAAGCGCUGUCUCGUACGUUCAGUCCUCAUCGUACCUUCUCUGAGCCACUGAUACUUGGAUCCGUUAAGGCCAAUAUCGGGCAUCUAGAAGCAUGUGCAGGGCUAGCAUCCAUUAUUAAAUGUGUGGGUAUUCUAGAAACUGGACUAAUCCCUGCAAAUCCAUGCUAUAAGAAUGGAAAUCCAGGCAUUAAAUGGCGUGAAUGGAAUCUCCAUGUCCCAACCACGUUAAUGAGGUGGCCAACUAAGGGUCUACGACGAGUAAGUACUCAGGGCUUCGGUUAUGGAGGAACAAACGCGCAUGUGAUUCUCGACGACGCGUACCACUAUUUAGAGUCUCGAGCUUUGACUGGAUCACACAACACAAAGCUACUCGCAGGGUUAUCUACGAAACCUAGACUGCCUAAUGGAGUGCCUAAUGGAGUUGGAUCUCGAGGAAAAGACAGUCACUCCAGAAUUUUUCAUUUUAGCGCGCAGGAUAAUGAUGGUCUGGGAAGGACACGACAAGCCGUAUCUCAAUAUCUCAAGACGCGGUCCAAAGAGCUUAAAGAGGCGCAUGACAGUGAAGACGAAUACCUCCGAAACCUUGCAUAUACGUUAUCUGAAAGACGAUCACGGCUUCAGUGGCAAACAUCGACAGUGGCUUCGUCUAUCGAGGAGCUUAUAGAAUCAUUACAAACUAAACCGUGGCCUAAUCCGGAGAUACGCGCCACGUCCAAGUUUCCUCGGGUGGGCUUCGUCUUCACAGGUCAGGGAGCCCAGUGGCCACGUAUGGGAGUUGAGCUCAUGGAAUACGACAUUUUCCGAGAGAGCGUGGAAAAAUCAGACCACUAUCUGCUUGCGGAGUUGGAUUGCCCCUGGUCCGCUAUUGAGGAGAUUGCGAAACCGGAUUCCUCGUCGAAUCUUGGGCUCGCUUCAUACAGUCAGGCCCUUUGCUCUGUCCUUCAAAUCGCCCUUGUGGACUUGCUCAACAGCUGGAACAUCUCACCAUGCGCAGUUGUCGGUCACUCCAGCGGAGAGAUUGCGGCCGCAUACUGUCUUGGAGUACUGUCUCAUGAAGAUGCCCUGAAGGCAGCAUACUUCCGCGGGUCCUUGUCCGCAGAGAUGAAAGAGAAUGACAGUUCCCUACGUGGUUCAAUGAUGGCCGUGGGUGCAAAGCCAACGGAAGUUGAGAAAUGGCUCGAAAAAGUAACAAAGGGGGAUGUAGUGAUUGCUUGUGUUAAUUCUCCAACUAGCGUUACCCUAUCUGGAGACACAGAGGGUAUUGAGGAAUUGGAGCCUAUGUUGAACGAAGCAGGUGUAUUUGCUCGCAAGCUGAAAGUUGACACAGCAUAUCACUCGCCACAUAUGCAGAUAAUUGCUGGACAAUACUUCGAAGCGAUUGCUGACAUUACAACAAUGCCGGCAAAGAAGGGCUGCAGAAUGCACUCCAGUGUACAAGGGGCCUUGAUUGAUCCGAAUGAACUCGGUGCAGCAAAUUGGGUGCGCAAUCUAGUGUCCACCGUUCAAUUCGCAGAUGCUGUACAUGAUCUCCUACGACCUCUAACCAACGGUGAGCGUGCGACAGAAAACGCCGUAGACAUCCUAGUCGAAGUCGGACCCCAUUCGGCUCUGCAGGGACCAGUGAGCCAGACUAUGAAGAAUUAUGGUAUUAGCGGUGUCAAUUAUUGCUCGGUCCUCUCACGCAAAAAAAAUGCUAUCAAUACGGCACUAUCAUGCGCUGCCACUCUAUACUCAGAAGGCCUCUCUGUUGAUAUCCGUACCGCUAACAGGGAUUCAAAUUAUACCGCUAAACCACUUGUCGACCUUCCCUCAUACCCGUGGAAUCACUCAGCUCAAUACUGGGCUGAAUCGCGUGUGAGCAAGGAAUACCGUCUGCGGAAACAUUCUCGCAUGCCUUUAGUCGGGGCUCCCGCUCCGUCUAUGGGGGGUGAUAAGAUCUGGAGAGGAUUGAUUCGUCCUGCCGAGGAACCGUGGGUGCGCGACCAUGUCAUCCAGAGCACAGUUUUAUACCCUGCGGCUGGAUUCCUAACAAUGGCCAUCGAGGCGGCCAGGCAAAAUGCUGAGCCUGGUAAGCAAGUUAGCGGAUUCAGACUGCGCGACGUAUCCAUUGAUGCGGCCCUGGUCAUCGACGAUGAUGUAGAACCGGAGGUUGUCUUGAGAUUUCAACCACAUAGAAUGGGAACAUUGGACGCAGGCUCCAUUUCCUGGCACGAGUUUACCGUUUCUUCUUCAACUGAUGGUAAAGAACUUCGACAGAAUUGUUCGGGAUUGCUCGCGAUCGAAUAUAAACCUGCGGAGGGGUCCUCCAUGCAAAUUGAAAGAAUCAAAGAAAUUGAGAGUAUAAAAGAGCGUUCGAUUAAGGCCAAAGAACAAUGCGAGACAUAUCUAGAUGUCGGCGAAUUCUACUCACAUCUCGACUCAGUAGGAUUGACGUAUGGAGCCACAUUUGCCAACCUGACUGAGAUUCAUACCGAUGCCAUCGCAGGACUGGGCACUGGUCGUUUGCUUAUUCCAGAUAUUGAGUCUGCCAUUCCGCCUUACAUGAGCGAGCGGCCUCAUAUCAUACAUCCAACGGUUUUGGACGCCAUCUUUCAUCUCGCCUUUGCAGCAAUUAGUGACCAUCCACGCUCUUUCAAAGGUGCCAUGGUCCCAACAUCAAUUGCGGAAGUCCUAGUGUCGAAUGAUAUCCCUUUUCACAAGGGUGAGAGCCUGCAGGGGUUCGCUCAGUCGACCCGCCAUGGUUUCCGCGAGCUGAUUACUGAUAUCAACGUUUUCGAUGAGAACUUCAACGAUGCGGUUGUCCAGAUUCGACGUUUCCGCUGCGCAGAUGUGUCUGGGGGAGGCGAUGCAGGUGACAGCACCGAAGGCAACUCAGUUAAACCGAUAACUUUCCGUACAGUUCAACGUCCAUCCCUAGAUCUUUUAGCCCCUGAAGAGCUUCGAAAGAUUUUAAUCUCAAGCUCGUCUGAUACUAUAGAUCAAACUCUCAAACAGUCCACUCUGGAUUUAAUUAAGGAGACACUGAUCAAGUGUUUACUGCUUUUACAUCACGUCCAACCUGAAUUGUCAAUACUUGAAAUCGUGGAUUCUACUAGCCGAUCGAUUACAGGGUCACUCCUACCCCAACUAAACUGUGCUGAUGAUAUUUUAGAGACAAGCAACUACACCGUGUCUGUGAAAAAUGAGAAGGUCGCGGGGGCAGUUGCAGAUCAGUUGGGCGUGUUCAAAGAUCGUGUAAAUGUGGAAGUCAACGCUCUAGACAAAGACGAGAGGAGCGAAGGUGGCCAACUUGACCUCAUUCUCAUGUUCAAUACGGUGUUGGACAAUCCGUCCUUCCAAACACUUCUCGAAAAUGCAAAGAAGCAAUUAAAAGAGGGUGGUCGAAUCUGUAUCAUCGAGCUUGGUCAACCCAGUUUGCAUCUUGGGUUGACGCUUGCCACUUUGCACCAGACUGAAGACGAUCACGAGUUCCAGCUGGUAAUUGGAAAGAGUCCCAAGCCGGCUUCAUCCAGCAUUCCGGAAGAGAUUGUUAUCGUUGAGGCACCACAGGCCACAAACUCCGCUCAGAAGUUGGCAAGUCAUCUCGCCGAAGAACUUGGUCGCCAAUCUAUACGCGUUAAUCGACUUGAGUGGACUUCCAAAAAUUACAUAUCAAGCAUUGAAGGCAGAUCCUGCAUUGUACUGGCUGAUCUGGAAAAAGCCCACCUUUUACAAGCGUCUCCCGAUGAAUUCCGGAUCAUACAGGAGACCAUUCUCAAGGCCGGGAGCAUCCUUUGGAUCAGUGGCUCCAUCGGUCCAGAUGCAGCCUUGGUGACUGGACUGGCACGAACCGUUCGAAAUGAGGUCCCUGGCAGCGAGAUCCGUGUCCUUCAAAUAAACAAUACGCCAUUGGACUCCGUAUCAGCAUGGUCGAAGCCUAUUCUACGAUUGUUACAGUCCACUACAGCCGAUACCGAAUUUACGCUUGAGGGUGGUGUCUUCCACAUCACUCGUAUAGUUGAAGAUCGAACUCGGAACGAGGAUUUGGCGAUCGCACUUGGCCGACAGGAACCCAAGUUGACCCAGACGAGUCUAAGCGAGAUUCCGGGCCCUGUCAAACUGAGCAUCAAAAAUCCUGGUAUGCUUGAUUCGUUAUAUUUUGAGCCAGAUUAUACACCCGAAACCGAUCUCCCUGCAGGGCAAAUAGAAGUUGACGUCAAGGCAUCUGGAGUAAACUUCCGAGAUGUCAUGGUUUGCAUGGGUCAAAUCCCUGACAGCCUGUUAGGCUUUGAAGGAGCGGGAAUAGUCCGCCGAGUUGGUGAUAAUAUUACUAACCUCCAAGUGGGCGACCGAGUUUGUUUCCUUGCCCAUGGAUCUCAUCGAACUAUACAUCGCGUACCAGGUGAAUAUGCAGUGCGUAUUCCCGAUGAGAUGUCCUUUGAGGAGGCAUCCGGUGUGCUUUUCGUGCACGGUACAGCCUGGUACGGGCUGGUAAAAAUUGCUCAGAUCAAAGCAGGACAAACGAUUCUUAUUCAUGCGGCGGCCGGUGGUGUUGGCCAGGCAGCUGUGAUGCUUGCUCAACAUUAUGGACUAGAAGUUUACGCUACUGUGGGUUCCCAAGACAAAAAGCAACUUAUCCAAGACCUUUACAACAUUCCAGACGACCACAUUUUCAAUUCACGCGACCUCAGCUUUGUGAAAGGCGUGCUACGUAUGACGGAUGGCCUAGGUGUAGAUGUGAUUCUCAAUUCCUUGUCCGGUGAGGCCCUUCGUCAGACCUGGCACUGCAUCGCGCCAUUUGGAACUUUCAUCGAAAUUGGCAUCAAAGACAUCCUCGGAAAUACCCGGCUAGACAUGCGUCCCUUCUUGCAAGAUGCUCGUUUUGCCUUUUUCAACUUCAACCGCGUGGAAAAGGAGCGGCCGAAACUGAUGAGCGAAGCGUUGAAGGAAACCAUGGCUCUCAUCAGCUCUGGUGCCACGAAGCCAGUGUCACCGCUAAAGAAAUUUCCUAUCUCACAGGUAGAAGAGGCCUUCCGUCUUAUGCAGACGGGCAAACAUCGCGGGAAAUUGUCAUUGUCGUAUUCACCUACCGAUGUGGUUCCUUUCCUAGGCGAGGCUGCUCGACCUGUUCGUCUUAAUCCGUCAGCAGCCUAUGUUCUCGUAGGAGGGCUUGGAGGACUGGGGCGAAGUCUAGCACAACAUUUCGUUCAGCUGGGCUGCAAGAAACUAUGCUUCCUCUCUCGAUCUGGUGGCGCGGGUGAAAAGGCUCAGGAGCUCCUGAAAAAUCUUCAGCAGCAGGGAGUCGAAACUCUGGCUCUACCUUGUGAUGUGUCUGACUCUCAGUCCGUAACAAGGGCAAUCGAACAAUGCACAACUAGCUUAGGCCCCAUCCGCGGUGUCGUACAGUGUGCAAUGCUCCUGCGAGACGGUUUGUUUGAAAAAAUGAGCCAUCAACAGUGGAUUGAGUCCACUAGGCCCAAAGUACAAGGGUCUUGGAAUCUCCACCAGAGCUUGCCACAUGUCGACUUCUUCAUUAUUCUCAGCUCCUUUGCAGGCAUCUUUGGGAGCCGAGGCCAGAGUAACUACACGGCAGCCGGAGCUUAUGAGGAUGCGCUUGCCAGCUAUCGGCGGUCAUUAGGUCUUAAAGCGAUUACGCUCGACUUGGGAAUUAUGCGCGACGUUGGUGUCUUGGCGGAGCAAGGUAUUACCGACUACUUACGAGAAUGGGAAGAGCCGUGUGGCAUUCGUGAGGUCGAAUUCCACGCGCUUAUGGAUAAUGUCUUGGCCGGGGAGCUUUUCGGCGAUCAGGGUUCUCUUCCUGCCAAUAUCCCCACGGGAUUGGCUACAGAGAAGACUGUGCAGAUAUCCGGAAUCAGCAAACCAUUCUAUUUUGAUGAUGCACGCUUCUCGAUUUUAGCUACGGCCGGAGCCUUACAAGACACGACAGGCAGCGGGGAUACGUCUGGAUCGGGUAAGACGGCCUCCGUUCAGACACAAAUAGCACAGGUUACUUCGGUCGCCGAAGCAGCAUCGGUCGUUACCGGCGCACUUGUUGCUCGAGUUGCGAAAUCGCUGCAAAGCAGUGUGUCCGAUAUCGACCCGUCUCGGCCUCUCCACGUUUUCGGAGUGGACUCUCUCGUUGCUGUUGAGGUUGUCAACUGGGUCUUCAAGGAGAUUAAAGCCAAGGUGACGGUCUUUGACAUUUUGGCCUCCGUUCCCAUAACAUCCCUAGCCGAGAAGGUUGCAUUGAAGUCUAGUUUGCUUCCCCAGUUUACAUGA